AUGGUGGAUCGCAAGGUCAGGGCACUGUUGAACAAGCUCACAGUAGACAACUUCGACUCGGUCUCGGACCAGAUCAUCACAUGGGCGAACAAGAGCGAGGAGGAGAAGGACGGCCACACGCUCAUCCAGGUCAUCCGCCUCGUCUUCGAGAGGGCGACGGCCGAGGCGUCAUGGAACAGCACAUACGCGCGCCUCUGUCGCAAGAUGAUGGAGCAGAUCAGCGAGGGCGUGCAAGAUGACGAGAUCAAGAACGCGGAAGGCAAGCCGAUCACCGGUGGGCAGCUCUUUCGAAGAUAUCUCCUCAACUGCUGCCAGGAAGACUUCGAACGCGGUUGGGCAACUCGCAAGACAACUGCUGCAGCAGCACGCUCAAAGGCAGGCACGAUAGAUGAGCUGGAGCUGUACUCGGAUGAGUAUUACGCCGCACAGAAGGCGAAACGUCAGGGUAUCGGCCUCAUCAAGUUCAUCGGAGAGCUGUUCAAGCUGCAGAUGCUAACGGAGCGGAUCAUGCACGAGUGCGUGAAGAAGUUGCUUGGCAAUGUAGAGAACCCCGAGGAAGCGGAGAUUGAGAGCUUGUGCAACCUCCUCACGACCGCUGGCCAGAACAUGGAUACGCCGAAGGCGGAGGCGCAUAUGGAUAAAUACUUCCAGCGCAUGAAGGUGCUUGCGAACAACAGGCAAUUGAGCUCGCGUAUGCAAUUCAUGCUUUUGGAUGUCAUCGAGCUGCGCGAUCGCAAGUGGGUCGGCCGCCAGGCUGUAAAAGCU